AUUCAACAGACUAGGUAAGUAUCACUCUGAAAAGUAUGCAUACACCUUUUAAUUAAUAUGUUAAUGCAAUCAAAAUAAAAUUCACUAUGAUUAAUCAAUACAACUAAUAAUAAUAUGACCUGUCAACUGCAGCAGCAGCUGACUUCGGCAUGCGUCUUAAUGACUUCGUGUCAAAUCGUGAGUAGAAACUAAUAUAAUAAUAGCUAUCGACAAUAAUUUUCAAUUCACGCGCAUUCACUUCCAUUUCCAGUUUCAGAUUAUUUUAAAUUUUUGAAAAUCCGGACAUUUUUUUUUUCACGUUUUUAUAAAAAUAAAUAAUAUUGCAACUUUACGUGGAUAUUGAUAAUAGACUAUAACGAAAUACUAUUGUUAAUAGUAUUUCGUUUUUUAUAAAACCAUAAUCAUACAGUUGUUAUUCGCGAUUUCGUCCGCUUAGAAUUUCAUAAUAAUGCCUCUAAGGGUGUCUGAAAGGAAAAUAUAGGUUAUUGAUACAGGCAAAUAAUAUGUGAUAAUCUUCCCAACAGUCAGAAAUAGUAACGAUAUUUUAUAGUAUUUUUAUUAGCCAGCGAUAUGAUUUUUCCUCGAAAUUAUACUUCGUCUACGCUUCCCCAAAAAUAACCUAUCUAUAGGCUACAUUCUACGUGGCAUUAUGGUUCUAUAAAGAGUUAUUUUUUCGUGAUAACUUUGACACCCCUUUUCAUUCCCUAUAAGGAGUUGCAUUUCUGAAAUCUAUCAAAACCAUGGUCCUUUUUAACCAUUUAGAGUUUGAACUAUGAACAAUUCUUUAUUAGCGGUUGCCUGCGUUAUUUGUAAGGAAUUUCUGUGAAAAAUAUCAAGUUUUUUGACCCAUCAGUUCGGUACAUGCGUUUAUAUGCCAGCCAUUCGGUCACUUCUUUUAUAUAAUAUAACAAUGAUAAUACAUAUUAUAUAGGCAACAUUUUGUAUCUUCGUUGUAGGUGUUGAUAUUUUAAACACAAACAUUUAUUUUUUCCCUAGUUUUCUCAUUUUACACAGAUUUCCGGCCGCAGUGAAAACAGCAUAAUUCUGUCUAUGAUGUACGCGCACGCCAUAAUAAUAGCCGGGUGUCGCUGUACUUGUUGCGGAUUGAGUUGGCCGGGGCAACCGCCUGCGGGCUACCAUUACGAGACCAUGGCGCAGAUUCAGAGGAAGUAUCCACGGAACUCGUAUACGAUAAUGCCGUACUGGAUGGCGGCGGCCAGUGGAAAAUUGUUGGGCAACAAUCAAGGCAAUAAACACGUUGCCAGGAACUUGCCACAGAAAGGCGGUGCGCCGAAGAAAAAUAACGCGCCCAAAAAAAACAAGGCUAACAAGAAAACUCCCAAUAAGGAGAAAAAGCCGCCAAUAUCCAAAAAAUCCGACGAAGAUCCCUCGGAAAAUGAAUCGCCAGCAGCAAACCAUGCGCCACCGUUCCCCACCAAUCCAAAUGCUGCACCCUCCAAAACUCCGGCGACAUCCUCCGAAACGCCGACCGGUCCUGCCGAAACGCCGGCCCAACCCGCCGCAACGCCGGCCCAACCCGCCGCAACGCCGGCCGUUCUCGUUAAAAAGAGAAAAAAACGUGACUUUUUCGGUAUGGAUCCGCCGAUCCUGCACGAAAACGCCGCCGCAGUAGUAGCACUAAUAGUGGACGCGGGUCUUGACGAACGUGCCCGCAUGUUUGUGAAAAACGGCGGUGCUAUUAACGACGACGGAACCGCCGCGGUAGAUGCAACCAAAGUGGGUGAUAACAAUGACGGCACGGGGGACUGCGAAACGAACGACGCUUCCGCGGCGGCCAAAAGUGACGAGGGGCCGCAAACCGAAACGGGAGGGCUCACGGCCGAGUGGCGCGGGAGAAUGAUAAUCGACGUUUCGACCGACGUGGAGAACAGCAUGGCGACCGCGGCCCCGUACUUGCCCGUUAUAAACACGCUGGCCGAACACAUCGUGCCCGGGGUAACGCCGUAUCAGGUGCUCCUGAUAGCCGCGAACGUGGCUUACAUAACGUCAGAAGCGACCUGCAAGAAUCGUCAUCGAAACCACGUCAACUUGUUGAUCGACGUGGUGCCUCAAACUACGGCGUUAAACCCGCACGUACCGGCGCGAGUAAAUAUUAUAUUGAUAAAUAUACAAAGUAAAUUCAAACCUAACGUAUUCGUGCGUACUACCGUCGCUUGAAAAUUGACUAAAGAACCUGCAAAUGUAAAAACCGUGCAAUUCGUAUAAAAAACAUAGAAAUCUUUGUUUUCCCAUAGACGUAAAAUCCAUUAUAAACCGACUGCUACUAUAGAGAUGAAUCCAGCAGGUUUAAAAUACUGCGUAGAGUUACAAAUAAUCCUAAAACGAAAAUUAUCGUUGUUUUCCAGAAUCUAAAAAGAGCUGCUGACGGAUGUGUCACUAUUUUAGGUGAUGAUAAGUUGGCAAGCAGUAUGAAUCGCUAAAUGCAGAAAGGGCAUAUGAUCAAAUUUUAAAAAUGUUUAAGACAGACAAAAUCACUUAAUAUCUUUGAAAAAAAUUGAAAAAUUGUAUGUUAAAAACUAAAAUUAUAAUGUUAGAUAUCCGUAAUUUUUUUCCGUCAGUAUAUGAAAUAUUAUAAGAUAUAAGAGAGUACGAGCGAAUUUAAAUUUUCUUAAUAAUUUACACUCAGAUAAAAUUGUCUCCCCAAAUCUCCUCCCUUGCAUUAACUUCAAAAUCCCAAUUUUGGCCACACGUAAUAACUAUCCGUUUUAUAUUCCUGUUUGUAACACAAACUAUGCUACUAAUAGGCCUCUUUGUAAGAAUGAUAAGGAUUUCCAAUACUGAACCGCCUCGCUCAUCUAAUUAACUUACUGUAUCUUAUUAGAUACACAUAUAUACAUUUUUUCUCUUUGUUGUUCAUUAAAAAAGAAAUAUUCUUGCUGUUUCUAUUUAUUUGUUUACAUUUCAUAAUGUAAAUAUUAAACUAUGUACUUAAAAGUGUCUUUUAAUGUAACCAUGGGGCUACUAGUCCAUUACAGGGGUGGGUUUAGAUAUGUGGUGGCCCGUGAGCGGAAUAUAUUGUGGGGCCCAAAAAUAAAUAAACAUUUGUUGAUUUUUUGUUUAUUUAAUUUGCUUGGUAAUAAAUAUAAAAGCAUUUAAAUUGGGUACGUCAAGAUACGGAGUUUACGAGUUUUCGUAUAAAUAAAAAUUGUCCAAACAUUAGUAAAAGAAAAACAAUAUGAUUGAAUUAAAUAGCAGAAACUCUUCUUGAUAUAAUAUUAGCGGAGUUCGGUUAUACAUGUUUUCAAAGGCCGUAUACUUACGAUUUUCGUCGAAAUUUAGUAUUCAAAUUCUUAUUAAAAAAAAAACUACAUUAAACGCAUUAUUUUCUUGUUGGUCACUAAAUUAUCAAGCAUUUUUAAUUUAACCCAACCGAAUAAAAACUUCGUACAAAUUUAAAUGUCUGAAAAUAGUUCAAAAAUGGUUUAAAUAUUUUGAAAAUUUUAUCAUGGCUAUAAAAGGCAAUUAUAAGUAUUCUGUCCUAAUACCAAGUCUCUACGAAUAACUAACUGAAUUACAACAAUAAAACAAAAUUAAAAUAAUACAAUUUUCGUAAAUUUUACCGUUUUUCCUACGGUUUUGUACAGUUUUUCGUAAUCAUUAUGAAAACCGUUUGGAAAUUCAAAAAAUGACCUCGCUAAAGUACCAACUGGAUAUUAUCCUCUUUUAGAAAAAGUGCUACGCUUAAAACAUUGGAACACAAUUUUCGAAUUUUUGUACACGGUACAAUAAUAAAUAAUACAUUUCAUAUGUAAAAAAAAAAAUAAACAUCAUUGUAAAACCAAUAAACCACUUCACUCAAAAUCUAAAAUAAAUGAAGUUAAUAUAAUUUUAAAAUAAGAUUAUAUUAAAUUCUUUACAUUGCGUAUUCUUAAAAACUUAUUCACCACUUAAACGAUAGUAUCGAUGUUUUUAUAAUUUUUAUAUUAAUUUCUAAAUAAUAUUUAAACAUUUUUAACUUUUUACGAAACUACAGAGGACAAAAUUUGUGAGGGGUUACAGCUGGGUUACAGCUCACUCAGCCCCCCUUAAAUUUGGCUCUGCAGCCUAUACUUUCAAAUAAAAUAAAAAAUAUAUUAAAAAAACUCUAUAGGUAGUUAAGAGUAGGUAUUUAAAAAGUUUUUGUCGUUCUUAAAAAUUUUGAAAUUUGAAUGGGUAACCUUUUUGCAUUUAGUGAUUCGUGUAAUAUAUAGAGAGUAAUUUAAUUUAUAUCUAUGCGCAACGAAAAAUGAUUUUGUGUUAAUUUUGGUGAAACAUAAUUGUUUUAAAAGUCCGGGAUUUGAAGAUUUUAUAAAAAAAAAUUUAAUUUUAAACGCUUAUAAAAAAAAAUACUAUAUAUUAUGCUAAACAUUUUUUUUUGCGCUAUAACUGAGUAAGUAAAUAAAACUAGUAAACUAUAAUGAACCUCGUGUUAAGUUUUCGACCAUUUUUGCUGGGCUAAAGCGAUUUCAUUCACAUAAAAUAAAAUAAAAACAAAAAAAACUAAACAAUUUCAAAUGGCUAUAAAUAGCUUAUCAAUUACCAGAUUGUUUUAAACAUUUUAUGACGUCUAAAGAGAGCUAAUAUAAGUAUUCUGUACUAAAAUCAGGUGUCUAUGAAUAUUUUCAACUGAGCAAUAACAAAAAAAAAAAAAAAAUAGAAAAUAACAGAAAUCCAACGAUGCUUAAAUGUUCUGAUUUUUUCCAAAUUAUUAUAAAAACAAGGAAAAUCAAAAAAUAACCUCUUUAAUACACAAACUAGACAGAAUUUUUUUUUUUUUUUUAAAUAAUACACUUGAAGUUUGGAGCAAGAUUUCUGAUGAAAAUGUUAAAAUCUAAAAAACAUACAAAUACCAAGAAUUAUUUCAAUAAAUUAAAACGUGACCUACUUUAGCUUAAAAUUAUUAUGAACUAUAGUAAUAAAGUCGUACUAAUUAAAAAUGCUAGUGUAUUUUUUUUUCUAUAGAUUAACGGUCAUUGUGGAAUCGAUAAUGCUUCAAAUAGUAGUUGCAAUAAGUUUAAAAAUAUUUUCCAAUACCUUUACGAACGCGUCCGCAAUCUUCUCAACAGUACAGAAGUUUCCAUAACAGAAAGUAACGUCACAGAAAUUGACGACACCAAUAAUCUAAAUGAUAACUAUUGUAAAUAUAUUAUUGAACAUAAAGAAACUGAAAAUGAUGAUGAUGAUAUUAGUAAAACUGUAGGUAUUAACGAAAAUUUUGAUUAUUAUCACGUUGACAAUGGUAAAUCCUUUGAAAGAAUCGAAAAAGCUGAAUUGUCUACAAUCGACGAAGUCCGAUUUAAACAACUUUUGCUGGAUUCUAACGACGUUCAAGUGAGUUAACGGUAUAUUAUCAAGUUAUGGGCAAUAUCUUUGGCAGUAUAAUACUGCCGUAGCAACGUGAACCGUACAAUUAAACGUAAAAUAUGUGACCGUAUGUUUAACAAUUUAUUUAAAUUUGUUUUAUUUUGUGUGAAUUAUUAAGUAUUUUAAAAAUAAAAAAGACAUCCUAGGAUAAUGGAAGGCAGCCACUGUUAUAGGUAAUUUAAUGUAUAUCUGUAAGCAACGAUCAACCAUUGCUAACGAAAAAACGUUUCUGAGCGCAGUUCAGUUGAUAAUGACGCUUUGUCACCAAUAGAUACGUCCAUAUUAGGGUAAAAUAAUUAAAUAGACAUUAUAUGUUUUCUUUAAUAAUAUUUGUGUGUUAGUAUCGUACCGAUUAACCCGUGUUUUUUCCCGAUUUUUCUCAUUUAUUGAGAAAACACCUUGGAAAAUCGAAAAUAUAUACCAAUAUUUUUAACUGAAUUACAACAAAUAACAAAAUUGAAAAAUAAUAAAAGCAUUAUUUUCGUAAAUUUCUCGUUUUUCUUACGUUUUACCCUGGUUUUUCCCAGAUAUUAUGAAAACCGCUUGAAAAAUCAAAAAAUGACCUCCCGUAAAUACCAUCUGAACAACAUUCCCUUUCAGAAAUGGUGCCGCGCGUAUAUAUCCGAGCAAGAUUUAUAGUCGAAUUUGUACAAAGUAUAGAAAAAAAAAAAAAAUAAUAGUAAAAUCGUAGUAAUACCAAUACGUUCUUCGCUACGCUCAAAAUCUAAAAUGUUCACAUUAUUAAUAAUUACAAUAAUAAUUUACUUGGAAAAAUGGUGUUAAAUUUGUUCACUUUAAUAAUUUUAUUUAGAUUAUCAAAAAAUUUAGAUUUCAUUUUAAAUUCUGGAAGUAGCAAAAGGUAUAAUUGUAUUAAAUUUAUAUUUUUAGAUAGCAUAAGUUUAGGUAAUUAUUGUUAUCAACUAUUGACGUAUAAUACUGUUAUGAAUAUUAAAAUGAAUUAUAGGUAUAUCGAAAUGGAUGUUCGAGAUCUAAACGGUUUAUAAAAACUCAAAUAAACGUUUUGAAAACCAAAUUAUUUACAAUGUUGCUACGUCACCUUAACAUUAUAAUCGAAUAUGUAUAAAUAAAUUUAUUUUACAGCCAAUCUUUACGAAAAUGUCGGGCAACCAGUUGGUGCAGUAUUUUAACGGUCUUGAUUUACAACUACAACAGCCGUCAAUUGACACACGAAAAUUUUUCCAAAUGUUGGUUACUACCAUGAUGAAUUUCGAUAAAAACGUUGCCGACGAAGAUAUUCAGACGUUAAUCGCCACCCUGAGCAACGUUACGAAUUUUUUCAUAAUCGAUGCUAUUCUCCAAUGAACAAAUAAUAUUGAUCGCGUAAACGUAUUAUGAAUACCAUCAAGAUUCAACAACCCCAGGCUCAAAAUAAUCACUAUCCAAAAAUCCUAGCAAUAGAUUUUAAUUUUUACGUUCAAUUUUUAAUAUUG